AUGCAGACAAACAAUAUGUCGGCUGUCACAGAGUUUAUACUCUUAGGAUUUCAAGCCAAUCAGACUACAAGAAUGAUAAUGUUCUUGCUGCUUCUUGUGGUUUACUGUGUUACAAUUUCUAUGAAUCUCCUGAUCAUCACCCUGGUGUCCUCCAACAGGAACCUCCACAAUCCAAUGUACUUCUUCAUCUCACAACUCUUUAUUAAUGACAUCCUAUUGACCACAGAUAUUUCCCCCAAUACACUUCACAUCCUACUGAAUAAUGGGGCGACCAUUACUUUUAUUGGCUGUAUCGCUCAGCUUUAUUUUUUUGGUGCCUCAGAAGCAUCUGAAUGUCUCAUCCUCACAGUGAUGUCUUAUGACAGAUAUGUGGCCAUCUGUAACCCCCUCCGUUAUACUUCUAUCAUGACAACUACAUAUUGUGUGAAAUUGGUUGUUGCCUCUUGGUUGGCUGGAAUUUCCAGUAUGAUGAUUACCUUUAUUACAACAUCAGUGCAAAACUUUUGUGGACCAAACAUCAUUGACCAUUUCUUCUGUGAUCUUGUUCCCCUAUUAGAACUUUCCUGUUCAGAUACCUACAGUGUUCAGUUGGAAGCCUCUUUACUGGGCAUUCCUUUAGUUUUUAUCCCCAUAAUAAUAAUUUUAUUUUCAUAUACACAAAUUAUUGUCACCAUUUUAAAGAUCCCAUCCAGUACUGGUAGACAGAAAGCCUUCUCCACCUGUAGCUCCCACCUCAUUGUGGUCUCCAUCUUCUACUGGACUCUGUUUGGAGUUUAUAUUUUACCAACAAAAGGGAAAACUUUAAGUAUGAAUAAGAUCCUCUCUCUGCUGUACACUGUAUUUACCUCUUUGAUCAACCCCAUUAUAUACAGCUUAAAGAACAAUGAUAUUAAGAAAGCCUUACAUGAACAUAUUUAUACUAGAGCGCCAUGUAAAUCUAUAUAA